GUAACCGGGGAUGGAAGGAAAAAUUUGUUUUCAUCGAGUUUCCCCCCUUCUUCACUCCUCUGGCCGGUCUGAGAUGGAACGACCAUCUGCUCGACCAAGAGUACACUGCACCGGCUUCCUCCCCAGACUUGGAAGCGAAUCUUGAGGUCCUCAUGCGUGGGGAUCCUUUCACCGGGAGGACUUUCCAUUAUGGCAGCUGGGUUUGGAGGGUCGAAUCGGGUGGUGAGGGUACCUCCCCGGCCCAUGACCCAGCGGGGCGCGGGGUACCCUCCCCGGGCAACACUGCGGAGGCUGAGGGCAACUCCCACCCAGAUAUGGAGUUUGAAGAGUUCGCCAUCCCCGAGGACCAACCAGCUGGGGAGACCGGGGGCCCCCAAGCCAAUCCUGCAAGGACUUUCCCGGUCAAUCCAGAGACCGUGGAAAUCCUGGAUGAAGAUGAGCCCCAAGACAACCGGUCUAAGGGGAAGGAGAAGGAAAAGGCCGGUCGCCGGGUGAAGAAGGUGGCCACCACACACCCUUCUUAUGCCAAGAAGAGGGCGAGGUCAGAUCCUGAACCGGCCGGCCAGACCAUCGAGGAGGCCUUCGUCAAUCUGGGGCUGAGGCUGAAAGAGGUAAGCUCUGCUGCUAUCCCGGUCAUGAUCCUUUGUCGUUGUUAUCCCAUUCUCACCGGGCUUCUUCUUCCUUUUGUGCAGGCGGGGGAGAUUGGACCCUCUACAGCUGACCGGCUUGGCUUAGGCUCUCCCUCCGAGUUUUCCCGGCUGAAGAAGGAGAAGGAGGAGAUGGCCCUCCUCCUGAGGAGCCAGGCUGAAGAGCUGAUCCGGCUGUCUGGGCUGGCCGGGGCAAUGAAGACUGAGAUCUCCCAACUGAAGGAGAAGAAUGGCCGGCUUCUGGACGAAGUCUCUGAAGCCAAGAGGGAACUGGCGGAGAAGGAAGAAACCUUCCCCGGGCGCGCAGCUGGCUGGGUGGAAGAGAAUAAGGCUGAAGCUGCCCGGGUGAUGACGGCUAGCCCGGAAGCGACCAUGGAAUCCUUCAGGCUCUUGUACCGGGAGCUUGAAGGAAAGAAGAUGAUUACCGCUAUUGGGUCCUUCGGAUUCAAGAGUGGUCAGAAGAAGGACCGGGCUGCCUGCCACCGGAUUUUGAAGAAAAGAGACCCAGAGUUCUCUGCAGCUUCUUACGGCCUGGCAUCCAUCCCGGAGGAAGAGCCUACUCCCCCCUUUCCCCUAGAUUAAGAACUCCCCGGCCUUGACCGGUUGCUUUGUAAACUUAAAACUCGUUUCCCCGGGAAUGCCCGGUGUAAAUGUAAAACAUUUAACAUUCUUAUUUCGUUUGAAUGCCAUGUUUUCUUUUCGUACCGGUUAAUCUUCCACUUUUGAUUGCUUGUUUGAUUUACUUUUUUGAUCUUGCUCCUUAGAAUACCAUCGUAGAACUUCUGACCGGU